ACCGGGAGGAAACGGGGGGAAAUGAGGAGGUUUCGGUACCUCCCGAGCCCUGCGUCACCCCGCGACAACCGCUCCCGCAGCCGGAACCGGAAGUUACCGGGAGCUGGGGCGGAAACGGAAGUUGAACCGGACCAAGAUGGCGGAAGCGGCGGAGCUGCCGGUGUUACCGGAUUCGGUUUUACUGCAGGUUUUGAAGCUGCUGCCUCUGCGGGAUCGGCUGCGGGCGGCCUGCUCAGCUCCCGCUCCUUCCGCUUCCUCCUGCGGCGCCUCCCGGGCCCCGACCUGCGGCUCCUGCGGCUCCGGGGGCGGCUCCGCUCCGGCUCCGAACCCCGGCUCCUCUCCCCUUCCCUCCUCCUCGCCCUUUCCCGCCGCUGCCCCCGACUCCAGCACCUUUCCCUCCUGGAUACCGACCUCCGCCCCCUCCCCUAUUCCCACCUCCCCCUUUCCCUCACCCGCCUGCGCUUGGAGCGCUGCGAAAUUCCCGCCUCCUGGUUCGGCGGGAACGCGGCGCCGCGCUUGGAGCGCCUCGUCCUCCUCGACGUUCCCGCCUUUUCCGAUCGCCACCUGCUCGACCUCGCCACCUGGAGCCGCCUCAGAUCUUUGGUCCUCCGAGGGACUUAUCGGUUAACGGAUUCUGGCAUCCAAAGAGCAGCUCCACGCUUGGAAAAGCUGGAAUUCCUGGCGCUGCGGGAUUGCGGCGUCGGCGACGUCGCCGUGGAAUCCAUCUCCCGGGCCGUGAAGUCCCUGAGGUUCCUAGAGAUCAGUGGAGCUCAUUCCCUCACCAAGCAGGGCCUGGCUCAUUUGACCACCCUGCAACACCUGGAGACCUUGAUCCUGGAUCCGGGUGACAAAAUUCCUCCUGGAGACGUCGUCUCCUUGUGCCAAGCGCUGCCUCAGCUGAGGAACCUCCAGUUGAGUCCGACUCACCUUGGAGGUGACACAAUAAAGACCCUUCAGGCGAUUUUACCUCACUGUAAAGUCUCACCUGCCCCUUGAGGUGCAGCCUGAAGGUCUUGCCACUCA